AGGGGGUGGGACUAGAUGGCCUUCAGAGGUCCCUUCCAACCCAACGCGUUCUACGGUUCUAUGGUUGUUGCUCCGGUUGUUGUCCAGCCGUUCCCGAGGCGCUGGAGCUGGGCUGAGGACACGUUUCCUCCUCCUCAUCCUGAGCCACUGGAGGUGUUGGAGCCCAGCCCGGGGGUGCCCGAGUUUGUGGAAGCGGGGUACCUGGACGGGAACCUCAUCUCGCGCUACGACAGCGAGACGGGGAGGACGGUGCCCGGGGCGGACUGGAUGGCGGCCAACCUGGACCAGGCGUACUGGGACAGCCAGACCCAGAUCUCCCAGAACGGUUACCAGGUCGCCCGCGCGGACCUGGAGACAGUGCGGAGCCGCUACAACCAGAGUGGGAGGGCUCACACGCGGCAGCGCAUGCUUGGCUGUGACCUCCUGGAGGACGGUAGCAUCAGGGGGUACUGGCAGUACGCGUACGACGGGAGGGACUUCAUCGCCUUUGACAUGGACACGAUGACGUUCAUUGCGGCAGACGCGGUGGCACAAAUCACCAAGAGGAAGUGGGAGGAGGACAAGACUGAAGCCGAGCGGCGCAAGCACUGUCUGGAGAUUACCUGCAUCGAGUGGCUGAGGAAAUACGUGAGCUACGGGCGGGCCGUGCUGGAGAGGAAAGAGCCCCCCGCGGUCCGAGUGUCGGGGAAGGAGGCCCACGGGAUCCUGACCUUGCGCUGCCGCGCUCACGGCUUCUACCCGCGGCCCAUCACCGUCAGCUGGCUGAAGGACGGCGAGGUGAGGGACCAGGAGACGGAGUGGGGCAGCGUCGCGCCCAACAGCGACGGCACCUACUACACCUGGGCCUCCAUCGAGGCCCGCCCGGGGGAGCAGGACAAGUACCGGUGCCGCGUGGAGCACGCCAGCCUGCCCGAGCCCGGCCUCUACGCGUGGGAGACGGAGUCCAACCUGUGGGCCAUCGUGCUGGGGGUGGCCGUUGCCGUCCUGGCCGUCGCUGCCAUCUGUGGAUUCGUCGUAUGGAAGCGGAAGUCGGGGAAGAAGAAGGCGGGCUACGGCAUGGCGUCAAGCACCGACAGUGGGUCUGGCAGCACGUGCACAGGGGUCACCGCCUGAGCGCUGGACGAGGGGCCGGCGCGUGGCUGGAUGCGGCCCCUGCCCUGGCCGCGGCUGGAGGCAGAGAGGAGCUGGGGGAGGCCGGGGGCUGCCUGCAGAGAGAGCUUGUCCCGCCGCCCCCGCCCAGCCCCGCUGUGGUGCCGGGUCUUCUUCCCGCUUCCUAUUUGCCGAUUCUUUCAAAUUCUGUGUGAUGCAGUUAUUAGCCGUGGUUUUAUUUC